UUUUCCCCCCGCCAACAACCAAGAACAAAAAGACCAUCAGACCAAACUCUAUAUUUUAUCCGGAAUCCUCCUCAUAUAUAUAAUCUCAGAUACCAACCCCUAAAAUCUCUCAUCCCUUUUUCUUCUUCUUUUGUGACUCUAAGCAAUUUGUUGAGUUGACUCCAUGGCGUCAGUUCAGUUCAAAUACAAGUUCGUUCUCCCGAUCUUCCUCGUUGCUGCUUUUCUCAUCUUACCUUCGAUUCAAGCCAAACCUGUUAAAUACUGCGAUAAGACAGGCAACAACUAUGCUGUUAAGAUCAGUGGAGUGAAGAUAAAUCCAGAGCCAGUUGUUAGUGGCAAGCCUGCAACCUUCAACAUUUAUGCAUCCACUGAGCAAGAACUGCUUGGAGCAGAAUUGGUGCUAGAGGUGCGAUACUUUGGGGUCCAUGUCCAUAGUGAGAAACACGACCUAUGUGAGGAGGCAGGUGGUUGCCCCAUUAAAACGGGUGACUUUGUGAUCUCUCACUCCCAGGAGUUGCCUGGAUUCACUCCACCAGGCCCAUACAGCCUCCAGAUGAAGAUGAACAGUAAAGAGGGGCAUCUGUUGACAUGCAUUAGCUUUAAUUUCAGAAUAGAGUUCCCAUCUGUUGCUGAUGCCUAGAAGACUUGCUUCUACAACCGUAUAUCCUGUGAAAAUAUCAAUGUAAAGAAUAAUCUAGUUAUGGUUCUGUAGCUUGUGUCAGCUCCAGCUUUCCAUGCUGCUGCUAAUACUAUGAAUACAUCUUUCAUGUUGUUUAGAAUUUCUUGCAUCAUUGCAGUGAAAGGGGUGGAUCUGUAUGAAGUAUUUUAUUUGCCCAGUUUCAAAACUUAAAACAUAUUUUGCUGUCAGAUUUAUUCCUAUUGGUAAUGAAAUAUUUAGGUUAAAAGUAAA